CUGGGUGAAUGGGUUAAUCUUUCCAGACAGCAAAUGGUUUUGCCAAAGUGCUGACCAUUGCCCAUGUAAAAUCAUGUGAGUUAAACUGUGCUCUGACUCCUCCUAUGGUAUCUUAAAUGUCUGCCUAAAAAUCUAUCAUGAAGAGGAAGUGGAUUAAUUGCUCUCUGUGAAAUCAACAUUAGUGGACUAGUAAGGCAUUGCACAGGUACAUUACACAGAAUCUUACCACACUCAAUUUGGUAAUAAGGGUCAAAGCACUAAAACCUGAAAAUUAAACAAAUAAGGAAAUGGCUAUGUCAAUGGCUAAAAUGAAUGACCAUUUGAAUUCAGCAGUGUUUACAGAUAAUGUCUACAUAUCAAAAAGAAGCAUUAGAAAGAUUCUCAGCCGUAAAAGGCAGUAUGUGCCUGUUAAGUGUAACAACACUGACCACGACACCAUGAAAGCCAGCCUAAAUCCACCCCGUGUUGAGGAGACCAAUGCUUCAACCAGCUGUGAUGAAAGAGAAACAAUAAAAACAAGUAUUGAGAAAAAGAUGGUCUCCCUCCAUCUUAAGACUCAAGCGAAAUCCUAUUUCUCUGAGAGAUGUUCUGAGCAGUCUUCUGGGGAGGAGAGAGGAGUGAAUGAAGCUGAUAGGCUUGGAUCUGACCCAUAUUCUCUACUGGAAGUGGCCAGCAUCUCCAAAAUGAAAGUGAAACAGGAGGUGGACAUCACUAAGCCAUGUGCACUGGCAGUGUCUCCAAAGGAGCAGCAUGGAACAGCGGGAGACAAAUGCGAGGUGGAGGAAGAUGAAAAGGACGGACCAAACCCUCCACAGAAAAAAGGUCAGUUUGUGUUUGCUGCAAUGAAGAAACGAGGAAUGGAGGGAGACAUGGAAAACCGCCCAUACAAGUGCACUUAUUGCAAUUGGGCUUUCAAAAAGUACAGUAACCUGUUGAGCCACAUUGACACUCACCGUGGCCUUAAGCCUCAUGUUUGCGACAUGUGUGGGAAGGCCUACUCGCACCAGGGUACUCUUCAGCAGCACAAACGACUGCACACAGGUGAAAGACCAUACCAAUGCCCUUUCUGUGUGAAAAGCUAUAUCUGGUCCUCUGACUUCCGCAAACAUAUCCGAACACACACAGGAGAGAAGCCCUACACCUGUGAGGAGUGCGGCAAGGACUUUGUGCGCUCCUCCGACCUGCGUAAGCACGAGCGCAACAUGCACACAAACAACAAGCCAUUCCUCUGCAAGCAGUGCGGCAAAACCUUCAACAAACCCCUGUCUCUUCUUCGCCAUGAGCGCACUCAUUUGGGCGAGAGGCCCUUCAUUUGCCCAGAGUGUGGGAAGGCGUUCGCUGUGGCCAGCCGCAUGACAGAGCACAGGAAAAUCCACAGUGGUGUGCGUCCCUACACCUGCCCAGUUUGCUUCAAAGCAUUCACCAAGUCCUCCAACCUAUCCGAACAUCUCACAGUUCACAGUGGAGUGCGGCCACACAAGUGCUCAGAGUGUGGGGUGGCGUUUGCCAUGGUUUCCCGUCUGGUGCGCCACCAGCGUAUUCAUGCAACUGUGCAACCUUAUCACUGCCAGGGCUGCGACAUGUCAUUUAGCCACCUUGAAAUGCUAACAGAACACAUUCAGGGUCAUGCUGACACUGAGAUUUGCAUUACCUAAUUUUUAUAGUGCUUUUCACAACACACAUCGUUUAAAGCAGCUUUAAAUUAUGCUGUAAUAGAAAAUUAUACUAAAUGUCUGUAAUGUCUUAAAGUCCUCAUUGAGCAGUUUAAAUGAAAAUGUGAUUGAAAAUAAUGCAAUAAAAAUUAUAUGUGUUUAGGCCCCCAGUGAGGAAGACAAAGGCAAAGGCAACUUUGGCAAAAAAUUCAAAACUCCAUAAGAUAUAGUUAAUGGAGGAAAAAAAACCUUGGGGGAAAAGGAUCAGCUGGGGGAGCCAGUUCCUCUCUGGCUAUACACUACCGGACAAACGUUUUUAAACACUUAUUCUUUAUUACAAUUUUUUUUUUUUUUUUUUUUUUUUUACAUUUUAGAAUAAUAGUAAAGUCAUCAAAACUAUGGAAUAACAUAAAUGGAACUAUGGGAAUUAUGUUGUGACUAAACAAAAUCCAAAAUAAAUCAAAACUGUGUUAUAUUUUAGCAUCUUCAAAGUAGUCACCCUUUGCCUAGAAUUUGCAGACAUGUACUCUUGACAUUUUCUCAACCAACUUCUUGAGGUAUCACACUGGGAUGCUUUUUAAACAGUAUUGAAGGAGUUCCCAUCUAUGUUGGGCACUUAUUGGCUGCUUUUCUUUAUAUUUGGUCCAAGUCAUCAAUUUCAAAAACUUUUUUUUUUUAAAUAACAUUUUAGUUUAGUAAUGAAAUAAAUUAAUAUGGUGGUACAAUUAUAUUUUUGUCUACAAAACUAAUUUCAAACAUUUAAGCAUAUGCCUUCAGGUCAAAAUAUUUUUAAGAUCAUGAGAAACAUUUCAGUCAAGUGUUUAAAAACUUUUGACCGGUAGUGUACGUAAUAAAUAUAAUGCCAAUAAUAGUUAUCUAAAAGUAAUACAAGUCAUGUAUUAAUUUAGUAUACUGAGUAAAUUUUGGUGGGCAAUGUUUACAACUUAAGGAUAUUGACUGAUCGAUAGAUAGAUCGAUGUACCACUUCAGCCUUAACCACAUAGCUAUUCCACAGGUAGAUGGAUUUUCACAACCUUUCUUUACUCAUUUUUACUAGUCUUAACUGCAGGGAAUUGUGGGGACCACUGCUGAAAGACUUUGACUUUUAAUUAUAUCACUGUGUAUAUUUUUAGCAUGUAAACACACUGGUGACACAUUAUAAACUUUUCAUGGCACAUGAUGCCCUCUUGCCAUCUGAAGAAGAUUAUUUGCCUGUGAGUUAGAAUAGUGUGAAUAAUACUGGUGGUGUCAGAACGCAUUGUCCUAUUUUAUGUUGUCAAUACUUUAAUAUUUAAUAAAUAAUAUAAUAUAAUAUUAUAAAAAUAAUAAAAUAUUUUUUUGCUGUCCGUUUUCUUAAAAGCUAAAUGGAAUUACUUGUGCUUGUAUUACUUGUAUUUGGGAGAGUAACCAUAUGCAGCAGGGAAAAUUGUGUUUUAGAAUGUUUUAGAUUUGUGUCAUAUGUUAGAAACAAAAACAUUUACAUUAGAUUCUCUGUUGUCCAGGAGUGAAAAAGAAUAUGGUACUGUCAAAUAAAAGCAGUAUUAC